AUGGUUUCCACCCGGUCCACCAAAAGGCGCUCGCGAAGCCCGCCGGCGACCGUGGAAGUGGAGCGCCCGACUAAGAGCCCAAAGGUAGUGAAAAAGUCGGCGCCCGUUCCGAAGCAAUCUUUUGAAGGCGUGCAACUCGUCCUGCUGGACAUAGAGGGCACCAUCUGCCCCAUAACAUUUGUCAAAGAUACACUGUUCCCAUACGCCCUCUCUGCCCUCCCCAAAGUCCUUGCCACCUCCUGGACUUCUCCCACUUUUGCCCCCUACCGCGACGCCUUCCCCGCCGAAGCGCGCGCCAACCCGGACGCCUUCUCCGCCCACGUCGCCGACCUCACCGCCCGCGACGUGAAAGCCGCCUACCUCAAGAACCUGCAGGGCUACCUGUGGGAAGACGGCUACAAGUCGCACGCGUACUCCACGCCCAUGUACGCGGACGUGCUGGACUUCCUAGAUCGGUGGCCAACAUCGCCAUCACCACCGCCGCCAGUCCCUACCCCUGCCACCUUCUCUGCCGCUGCAGACACGAAUGGAGCGAACGCGUCCCUCGAGCAGCCGUCGCCGGACACUACCACCCCCACUGACCAAGCCCAAGCCACAGAGCAAACUCGGCAACGGCAAGUCGCCAUCUACUCGUCCGGCUCCAUCUUCGCACAGAAACUGCUGUUCGAGCACAUCCGGGACCCCUCCACCUCCACUUCCUCCACGACCAACACACCCAACCCCACAAUCCUCGAUAAACGGCCCCUCAUAACCGCCUGGUACGACAUAAGCAACGCCGGCCCCAAGCACUCGCCCGCCAGCUACAGCAAGAUCGCGACCGACCUGAAACGCCAGCCUCAGGAGAUACUGUUCCUGAGCGACAAUGUGCAGGAGGUGCGCGCGGCGCUCGAGGCGGCCAUGAAGAGCGUGGUGGUGGAGCGAGAGGGGAACGCGCCGCUGUCAGAACAUGAUCGCGAGGAACUCGAGGUCGUGGACGGGUUUGGGACGUUGAGUGAGCGGUUGGGAAUCUGA